AUGACGGAGAAGGAGAAGCGAAGAAGGCAGAAGCUGGUGAGCGGCAAGGGGUCGGGGACCGAGGACGAGGAGACGGAGGAGGAGGAGGAGGAGAAGGCUGAUGAUGUGAUGGGGCUUUUGGAUGACAAGUUCAAGUGCUCUUUUUGCAUGCAGCUGCCUGAGAGACCCGUGACUACACCCUGCGGUCACAAUUUCUGUUUAAAGUGCUUCCAGAAAUGGAUUGGGCAGGGUAAGCGCACAUGCGCAAAGUGUCGUGCUUCUAUACCACCAAAAAUGGCAUCCCAACCAAGAAUUAACUCAGCACUUGUUGUUGCUAUUCGUAUGGCAAAAACACCAAAACGAGCCGCACAAUGUAGCUCAACACCAUAUCAUUUUAUUGGUAAUGAAAGCAGACCUGAAACUGCAUUCACUACUGAGCGAGCUAAGAGGGCUGGCAAGUCUAAUGCUUGCAGUGGUCAAAUCUUUGUCACCAUUGCUCCAGAUCAUUUGGGUCCUAUCCUAGCAGAGCAUGAUCCAAAGAGGAAAAAGGGUGUACUUGUAGGGGAGUCCUGGGAGGAUAGAAUGGAAUGCAGGCAAUGGGGAGCACAUUUUCCACAUGUUGCGGGCAUUGCAGGACAGUCUGGUUAUGGGGCUCAGUCAGUAGCACUUUCUGGAGGAUACAUAGAUGAUGAAGAUCACGGGGAGUGGUUCUUGUAUACUGGAAGUGGUGGACGAGAUCUGAGUGGGAACAAAAGGACUAAUAAGGAUCAGUCUUUUGACCAAACAUUUGUGAAGCUUAAUGAAGCAUUACGUAUUAGCUGCAAAAAUGGUUACCCCGUUAGAGUGGUGAGAUCUCACAAAGAGAAGCGUUCUUCAUAUGCACCUGAAACUGGGGUGCGAUAUGAUGGAAUUUACAGGAUUGAGAAGUGCUGGAGAAAAGUUGGGAUUCAAGGUUUCAAGGUCUGCAGAUACCUUUUUGUUCGAUGCGAUAAUGAGCCAGCACCAUGGACAAGUGAUGAACAUGGGGAUCGACCUAGACCUUUGCCUGCAAUUGAGGAACUGAAGCAAGCGAUCGAUAUUACAGUGAGAAAGGGAAAGGCAGCAUGGGAUUACGAGGAGGGAUGUGGUUGGAAGUGGACCAGGCCGCCACCACCAAGUAGAAAGCUUCUGACCAGUGAAAAUAAUGGUGAAAGAAAAAGAAAAGCAAGAAAUGCUCCAAGUACCAUCAAGGAGAAACUUCUAAAAGAAUUCAGCUGUCAUAUUUGCUGGAAGGUUAUGACUCUCCCUCUUACAACGCCUUGUGCACAUAACUUCUGCAAGCUGUGUCUUCUUGAAUCCUAUGCUGAUCAAUCUUUUGUACGUGAGAGAACACGUGGAGGGCGAACUCUUCGAGCACAAAAGGUUGUGAAAAAGUGUCCAUCCUGUACAAAUGACAUAUCAGAAUUCUUACAAAAUCCUCAGGUAAACAGGGAGGUUAUGGAGUUGAUUGAAUCUCUCCAGAAGAAAAUUGAGGAAGAGAAUAUUGAAGGUUCAAUUGAGGAAGAAAGCGAGGUCAUGGAGAAGGUUGGGGAGGGAGGAGAUAAUGAAGACGAUGAUGAUGAUGAGGAGGAGACUCAGAGUGAUGCUGUAGAAGAGGAGUCGAGUGAGGAUAAGAUUGAUAAUCAAGGUAACAAAUUGAGUGAAGAUGGAAGCGAUGGUGAUGAUACAGAGAAAAAGAAACUCGAGUCAGCAAAUGGAGAUUCUGAGGUUAAUGCUGGGAACUCCUCAGAUGGUGAAGAUAACUGUCAGAGUCCAGCAAAGAAGACAAACAGCAAGCGGAAACAAACAGAGAGUACAAAAAGAGGUGGUAAGAAGGCAAAGAAGAGCGAGAGCGUUGGCGGUGGUGUUGAAGAUAUUGUUGAAGAUCUGAAGGUGGAGGAUGUGGGAGGAAGUUCUACGCCUAACGAUUUUAGUCCUAAACGUGAAGGUGGUAAGAAAAAGAGUCAGAUUCAGGCUAAUGGUUCGGGUCAUCUCUCUCCUAGCAGCCUGAAUAGAAGAGUAACUCGUCAGAUGAAACUUCAAGGUUUGUCAUGAUGCUGGGGAUGACUCUAUAAAGCCUUAAAGCAACUGCUCGUCUUUCAUCAAUAUAACUGGAAAUUUGUCCAUAGGCAUAACGUGUAGUUUGCCUUAAUUUUGAACACCUUAUGUUGAAGUGCUCUUCUCCUUUCUUUAUGCGGACAUAUCUAUUUAAAACCUUUUUUUGUCUAGCUUCUGUUCUUUUUAUACUUUAACGGAUGCUUCAUUUUGUAAGUGUCAUGUUCAUUUUAUGUUUUACGCUUAA